GUUCCUUAUGUAAUUAAUCAAGUGCCUCAUGCAUCGUGAAUGAGAUUUCCCUCUUCUCUCGACAAACUUUCAACUUCAGCCUCUUUGUCUUUAUCAAACUGGACUGCCAUCGCCCCGUCGUUCUCAUGCCCCCACGCCUUGGCCCCCAAAUCUCAUUUCGCACGCGCCAGCGCAAAGUGUUUGCGUCUCCAUUGACCACUCAUCUUGAGACACCGACAUCUUCGAGAGUUCCAUCCAUAAAUCCUACCCAACGACUGACCGUCGUGUCACGCUCGGGCCUCUUGAAUACACAAGCACACAAGUUGCGAUUGAUUGCACUCCUGAGGCGUACGGAGUACAAUCUGUUUGUGCCGUGUCGAGACUCAAUUAUCUCUUUUGCUAUGAAGAAGGAGUGCCGUCUUUCUUUCUCCGGACACUUUGCUCCUCGACGGUGCCGCAUCGUCUUCAAAUCCGUAUCAACUCCUUAUUCGACGGAUAUGCUCACCAAGUCCACGCGUUCCGUAGUAAUCGAUACUAGACUUCAUAUCAACGUCCGCACGAGAUCCAGAUGCGUUCAAAGCGCAGAUAUCCCGGUGACUUACGAUACUGUCGCGCUAUUGAUGAGACGGACAAUAGCCACGAUGUCUGCCGCCGAUAGCCCCCGGAGGUGGCUGAAAAGCUGGAGCGUUCAGAUCUCCCGCCCGGAGCGCCGAAAUGAGACAGAUGCCGGACCCACUCUACCAUCACCGAUCGGGAGCAAGACCAGACCGUCUACUCCGUUCUCGACGAUGCUAUCCAUCAUCUUUGGCGGCUCUCGGACACUGUUCUCCCAACUAAGACGUGCUGGCCUCGUCUACAGGGAGGCUGAACCAACAAACACCAUCCUUAUUAGGAUGGGCCCUUUUCUAUCAGCAUGAGAUCAUGAGACGGCAUUUCCGAUCACCCGGUGAACCCAAGUGCGGUUGACAUCAGUUGAUGCCUCUGGGGUCACGCCGCUCUCGGCUCGAGCCGAA